CUGGGCUCGCCAUGGUGCUGGUGGUGGUGAUGGGCGUGAGCGGCUCGGGGAAGACCACGGUUGGGUCGCGGCUGGCAGCGAAGCUGGGAUGGAAAUUCUACGAUGCAGACGAUUAUCAUUCUCCAGAGAAUAAAAAGAAGAUGGCAGAAGGGAUACCACUAAAUGAUGAGGACAGGAUUCCCUGGCUUUGUGCAUUGCAUGAUAUACUAAGGAGAGAAGACUCAUCUAGACAAGAUGCAAUUCUGGCCUGUUCUGCACUGAAGAUGAUGUAUAGGAGUAUAUUAGUUAGUGGAGCAUCUGCAAUUGAAAGCAACCAGCCAGCACAACUAGGAGAAAAAGCAGCACUGAACAUCCUCUUUGUUCAUUUGGAUGGGCCUAUAGACAUCAUUGCUGACCGCCUGGAGAAGAGGAGAGGACAUUUUAUGCCACUUGAACUUCUCAAGUCUCAGUAUGAUACUCUGGAGCCUCCUAGUGCACCAGAAAACUUUAUUACUGUCAGUGUAGAAAAAUCUCUCCCUGAAAUAAUGCUGGAGAUUGAGAGUGCCAUUUGUCAGGGUGAGGCUGUUCUGGAGUAAGUUUCUGAAUUACACAUACAGAAAUUCCCUUAAGGAUAUCAAGGGUAUGAAACAGAAAUUCAAUUAUUAAAUCAAAACAACUUAUUUUUCCUGAUACUUAAAUGGAUUGCAAUAUUAAGAGCUGGUUUACUACUCUUGGUAUUUUUAUCAUGGCUCUGUAAAAGACAUAUAAGAUGAAAUUUUCAAAAAGUGUCAACUUUUUAAACCCUUCACCAUAUGAAGAUAAAAUUCCCAUUUUAGGAAGAGCCUGCUUUUGAAAAUCCUGCCAAGGCUCACACACAGUAAUUUAUUUUCUUCAUUUUAAUUUUUACUCUGUCAAACAAGGAGAUGGGCACAUCUGCUAUUAAGUGAUGAAAUAACUUACAGCUUUGUUAGAAACAAUAUAUUUAUUUUUCUAAAAGUAUAAGAGGCAGGAAUGUGCAUGAUGAAGUUCCUGACACUACCACUGUCUCACUGCCACAUUUUCAGGAAGUUGUAGCUUCUGUGUUUGUGUCCUUGCUAACCUCACCAGGGCACUGGUGACUUCAUGAGAGCUUUUGUGAACUCUUACUGUAUGCAUUAAACACCAAGCUGAAAAAUGUGAGAAAAAAGAUAGUGGUGGUGAGGCAAUAUACAAAAUAUAAUUGUAUGGAAAGCUUUAGAAAUAAAGUAUAUGUGGCAUCAUA